ACACACCCAUACAGUAUCACGUCCCUCUCCCUUCCUUCCUUCCAGUGGUGGGCAGGGUCGCUUGUGUUGACAAACAUUUAUUCUCUCACUAGGGUGGGGAUCUAUUCAGUUUACGAGUCAAAAAGCUGCUAAAUAAACGCUUUAUUAAACAUUUAGGAAAAGGAUUAUAGAUCGGUAUUAAAUGCAAGUAUGGGUUGCUGCCUGACUGUUGGACCAAAUGAAGCGCUCGUUGUGUCAGGUGCCUGUUGUGGGUCAGAUGACAAGACGUAUGUGGUGGGAGGCUGGGCGUGGGCAUGGUGGCUUAUAUCAGACACUCAGAGAAUUACACUAGAGAUUAUGACACUACAGCCUAAGUGUGAAGACGUGGAGACAGCGGAGGGAGUCGCCAUUACAGUUACAGGAGUUGCUCAAAUCAAGGUUAUGACUGACAAAGACUUGCUGGCUGUUGCAUGUGAGCAGUUUCUGGGAAAGUCUGUCAUGGAAAUCAAGGCUGUGGUCCUGCAAACCCUGGAGGGACAUUUGCGUUCAAUCUUAGGCACUUUAACAGUGGAGCAGAUCUACCAGGACAGAGAUCAGUUUGCUCAGCUGGUAAGGGAGGUGGCAGCUCCUGAUGUGGGCCGGAUGGGCAUUGAGAUCCUCAGCUUCACCAUAAAAGAUGUCUAUGAUAAACUGGACUACUUGAGCUCUCUUGGAAAAACGCAGACAGCGGCUGUACAAAGGGACGCCGACAUCGGAGUGGCCGAGGCAGAGAGGGAUGCUGGGAUUAGAGAAGCUGAGUGCAAGAAAGAAAUGAUGGAUGUGAAGUUCUUGGCGGACACUAAAAUGGCCGACUCCAAGAGAGAGCUGGAGCUGCAGAAAGCUGCUUUCAAUCAAGAAGUGAACACUAAGAAAGCCGAGUCUCAGCUGGCCUAUGAACUGCAGGCAGCUAAAGAGCAGCAGAAGAUCACAUUGGAAGAGAUCGAAAUCGAGGUUGUGCAGAGGAAAAAGCAGAUCGCCAUUGAGGAGAAAGAGAUUGAGAGGACAGAGAUGGAGCUGACCGCUACAGUCAAGCGUCCUGCUGAAGCAGAGGCUUACAAGAUGCAGCAGCUGGCUGAAGGACAGAAGUUGAAGAAAGUGCUGACCGCUCAGGCCGAGGCAGAGAAGAUUCGGAAGAUCGGAGAGGCGGAGGCCCUUUCUAUCUCAUCUGUGGGGAAGGCCGAAGCGGAGAGUAUGAGGCUGAAGGCAGAGGCCUACCAGCAGUACGGAGAAGCUGCCAAGACCGCACUCGUCCUAGAAGCGCUGCCCAAGAUUGCAGCAAAGGUAUCUGCUCCUCUGGGCAGGACCAAUGAGAUUGUUAUUCUGAGUGGGGACGGCAAUCGUGUGACCGGGGAGGUGAACCGUCUCCUUGCAGAGCUGCCCGUGUCUGUAAAUGCACUCACGGGUGUGGACCUGUCCAAGAUGCCUCUUCUGCAGAAGAUGACAGGUGCUCAAGCAUGAAGUCAAAUCAGUUCCGUCUCCUCCAUGAUAUGUUGUAUGCACUCACAAAAACUGCCUUUAGAAGACUUGGAAAAUCUUUUUUCUUUCUUUCUUUCUUUUUUUUUUUUUGAAUAAAAAACAAAACAAAAAACAAACAAGUAGAUAUUUGAUACCUCUGGUGCCUUAAUGUUUCAUAGGACCAGAAUAUCUGCAUGCACUGCUGCUCCCACAUUCCACAAUUCACUUGAUUCUUAAAUCACCCGCCUUUGUGGUGCAUCCGCUGGAUUCAUUGUAAUGUCAGAUACUCGGGAUUGUUUUUCGUUUUGUUUUGUUAUAUAUUUUUUUUUACUUUUUAGUGACAUUAUACAAAAUUUUAACCUAUCGCACAUUUUUCUUUACAAUUUUAUACACUUCAUUUUCAUCUCUACACUACAACGACACUUUAACACUUGAUGGUGAGUCAGCUUUAGAUUACAAUUGAAUCUUUUUUAUCCAUCCAAAGUCUAGCACUACUUUUUUCGUUCAUUUUAGGUCAUAUUUCUAGCUGAAAAGAGGCGUUGUUACCUUACAGAUCCUGCCAUGAUUUAUAACAUUCAGGAAGAUUGCCAUUGAUGUGGAGUAGCAAGUAGCAUUUAGCGUACUGAGCUCUUGGGCAAUAGCGUUGCCUUACGGGUAAAUAUCUGUGUCAUCUUAGGUAGAAACAAGCCAAGUGCUCCUCUUAAUUUUAAAUGUUGCAGAUACGUAAAUAGACAUGGCCUUUAUAAUAGGUUACCUGAGCUCAUCAAUAGUUCAGAUUACUCUUUGGGACUAUUUUUGGCUGUAAAUCUUUAAGAUAUUUGACUGUAUGUGUGCUUUGUUUCGUUUCAUUUAUAUUUUGGACUCUUAUUGGACAACAUUUGUUUUUACAAGAGCUUUUGGUUAUGAAGAGAUUUAUUAUUUGUUGUUAGCAAACUCUGAUACAUGUGUCUGGAUAUCCAUCCAAUCCAAUGCUGUGGAUAUAGUUUCAUGAGAAGAGUCAAGCCAUUUUUAAAAUAGUUUUGUAUAGUUGUAUGACAGCCAUGCCUAACAAAAUCUUUCUAAUAUUAACCCUAUUUACACUACAUACUGUAAUAUCUGUCAUGAAAUGAAUUGAAAUAACCCUUUAUGGACAGUAAUGUUUUGUUCUGUAGUAGUUUGUAUUCUCCUUUGUCACUGUGAAAGUUGCAUUACCUCGUUUUCCUCAUUUAGUUCAGAGCGAGUGGCGGUUUGCUGUAGAUUUUGACGUUUAUUCUGCUGUUUAGUUUGUGCUGUGAAGGGGCAAGUCACUUUUCUUUGUCAUGCUAAUGAAAACACCAAAUGAUAAAGCUAAGAGAUCGCACCCUUCUUUGAUAUGAAGAAUUAAUUUAUAGAUAACCUUGGUUAUUAUUUGCUUACUGUCCUUUUUUUUAAAUUAAAUCUUUAUAAAAAACUGAUUUAUUGUUUAUUUAUUCUGUUUCAGCAUGAAAAAUAUGCCUCUAACACUUUUGUUUUCUCAUAGAAAUGGAUUCAAUCAGUCUUUUUUUGUGUGUGUAUUUGAAACACUUUAUUUUAAGAACUAUUAAAGCCAUGUCAGGUUUAGCUAUUCAGCAUCAUAGACUGUUUAUGUGCUUUGUAUGGCAUUGGUAAUGAAAUGUAUGGUACUGCUGUGUAUUGGAUAAACAUUAUAGGAAUCCUAGAACUGUAUGCCAGGAUGAAGCCCAGAUGUGCUUUUGCUUUAGUUGGUCAAAUGACACUAACUCCAAAUAUGCCAUUGACGAUAUGGGGAGAAUUUGGUAGUUUUAUACAAACUCUUUACACAGAUUCAACUCAGCAUGUUUAUGGUGCAUGUAUUUCCAAAUGUAAUAAAUGUCAUGUGAACUGG